UUGAAAGAUACAUAUUUUGGAAUGGAUAUUUAAUCAUUUAUAUGGAAUUACAAACAUAAUUCUCUAGUGUGUUUUAUAGAUUGAUUUUGGAAUCAUGACAGUUUAAACAUGAGUGGAGCCUGAUGAACGAUAUAUAUACACCUACAUUACUAUACGUGGAAGAGGCAGUACAUUCAAUAUUAUGGGAUCAGUAACACCGAAACAGAAUUCGAAAGAAGCCAUUAUUAAACAACAGAUACCUGGGGAAAUUAACGACAAACAACAGCUACAAUGGACUAGUAACGACAAACAACAGCUCCAAGGGACCAGUAACGACAAACAACAGCUACAAUGGACCAGUAACGACAAACAACAGCUACAAGGGACCAGUAACGACAAACAUCAGCUACAAGGGACCAGUAACGACAAACAACAGCUACAAGGGACCAGUAACGACAAACAACAGCUACAAGGGACCAGUAACGACAAACAACAGCUACAAGGGACCAGUAACGACAAACAACAGCUACAAGGGACCAGUAACGACAAACAACAGCUACAAUGGACCAGUAAUGACAAACAACAUGUGCAUGAUGACGAUAGCAAAAGCAAAACCCAGGGCGAUGACCCAGUGGAGAGGCUCAGAGAGGGAUUAAAUCAAACGGAGGAUCAGUCAAAACACAAUGAUGAUCAAGGGUAUAAACAGGAAUUGAACUCGUCUGAAGCGGACGAAGUGGAACGUAAACAGAUGAAAGAUAUCGACAAGGAGACAGAACAAAGAGACUUAAAACCACCAUCUUCACCACGAGAAGGCCAUCAACCCUUGGAUAAAGAUUGUGACCAGAAAUCGGAUGACAAGCUUAGAAAUACUACACAUCAGUUGAAACUGCCAAAUGAUGACACUGCUUCAGAGGACAAAGGAUUACGAGAAUCUUUCGAUCACACAAACAAUGAAAAGAAAGUUGACAAUACAGACAAAAGCGAUGGAGAUCUCAUAAGAGGCCUUCCAAAUAUAGAGUCAAGCUCAUGCUACCUAUCAUCACUCAUUCAGGUUUUAGCACAGACACCCGGUUUCAUCGACAAGCUUCUCUCCAACAAUCAGAAUAACCAUGUAGCAAACACUUUAAUAAAACUAUUUGUGGAGAUCAAUGAUGCCAAGUACGGUAGAGGCCAUACAGAUGAAGACUUGUAUAAUCUUGUUGUCGACCUACAAAAGUCUAUGUCAGAAAGGGAUGAGUGUUACCAAAGUGGAAUCCAGAACGACUGCCACUCUUUAUAUCUGUGUUUGAUGAAUGUAUUGGAUGAAGAAAUUAAAGGGUCUACAUCGCUGUUUGAUGGGCAUGCACGAAGCAUAUUAAGAUAUUCGACUUGUGACCACGUGGAGGAAAGCCCUCCUGAAUGUAUCAGGUCCCUGCUCCUAACAGUUGGUGACAAUCAACGUUCAGUUGAAGACAGUCUCGAGCGGUUAGAUGCGAUGGUAACAUUUGACGACGCUGAAGUACCAUGCAGGAUAUGUUUGGAUAAGAAUUUGCACCAUAAAGACACGCAGACUUAUAAACAGUGUUUAAUAAAAAGCCCACCGGAGAUACUAGUUUUACAGUUGGCAAGAUUUAAACAGGAUGGAUAUGGCAAACUGUACAAAUACGAAGAAAGUGUACAUUACCCGUCCAAUCUCUCCCUUAGAGUCAGUAGACAGGGUCUAUAUGACAGGCAAUGUGUGGAUUACGAUUUAUACGGAGUUAUCUGCCAUGAGGGAAACUUAGAGGGAGGACAUUACUGGUGUUAUGUUAAAAAGAAUGGAUGGAACCUGGAUAAUCACUAUCUUUGGCACCUCUGUGCUGACUCUUACGUCAGAAGGUUAGAGGUCAAUGAGGAGUGGCCUUGUUCACCGUUCGCCUACCUACUGUUCUACAAGAAAUCAAAAUCAAGUCAAGAUGUCUAAGUUUUAGAAGAGAGAAUUAUAUCAGUAUUGCACAGGAUUGAGGUGACAUUUAAGCGUUGAAGUAAGAUAACACUAAAAUCAUUUGCAUUUGUAUAUUUUUACAAAAUGAAGUAGCCCUUUAUGUACAUUUUGUUUUUAACACU